AUGGAUCGUUGGAAGGCUACUUUGAUGGGUGAAAGGGGUUGGGGCAAGGGUCCUUUCUCUCCUUACUUUUUUGGUCUUGCAAUGGAAGUCUUUUCUAGAUUGAUAGAUGAUUAUGCUUCCCAGAACAGGGGAUUCAGAUUUCACUACCGUUGCUUGAUAUUGAUAUUUUUGCAUUUAUGCUUCACGGAUGAUUUUCUGAUUUUUCUCAGAGGCAAAUGUGAAUUCUAUAAAUGUAGUGAAGCAGGUUUGGAAGAGUUUGAAUCUCUUUCAGGUCUCAAAGUAAAUCCUGACAAGAGCACGAUGUUGUGCUCUGGAACUUCUGAUAUGGUUGAAAGACCUGUUGAAGGCCAGCUUACAAAUGAGAGAAGACUGAGUUCUGCAGAUUGUGCAGCUUUGGUAGAGAAGAUAAUUGGAAGGAGUGACUCAUGGAUUGCAAAGAAGCUUUCCUUUGCUGAUCGUAUCCAUUUAUUAACUUCCAUUUUAUACAACAUCCAGGUGUAUUGGACAGGGAUCUUCAUCCUGCCCAAGAAGAUAAAACCAUUGAACAGAAAUUCAAUUGGUUUCUUUGGAAUGGCAAAGAAGAUGGAGCUGCCUAAGCCAAAGUUGCAUGGGAUACUUCCUAAGUGGGUUGCUUGGAUCAAAGAAAACUUGGUAAAAGGGAAGAGCUUUUGGACAGUUGGGAUAUCCCAAAAUAGCUUUUGGAGUUGGCGUAAGAUAUUGAAAAUCCAUGAUAUGGCUAGACGUUUUAUAAAAUUUGAGGUAGACAAUGGGAAGGAUAUUCACUUGUGGAUGGAUUGGUGGCAUCCCUCGGGCAUACUUUUUGAAAAAUAUGAUAACCGUGUGAUCUAUGAUGCUCAUAGUCGAAUUGAUGCUAAGGUCUUGAGUGUGCUGAGCAAUGGAGUUUGGCUCUGGGGUCCUGCCAGAUCUGAUGAGCUGGUGGAAAUCCAGAUGAGGUUACCUGAGGUACCUAUAGGUGCAAUUGACAAACCAGUUUCGAUGAUUUCCAAAAAAGGGGAGAUACAUGAGUCAUGA